GGCGUAGUUUCCCGAUCUUUUACCGGUGUGUCUCUACUUUUCUAGUGUCCGAAGUCUCACCCCACGGGUCUGACCAGGCCAACAUGGAGAUUAUAUGGCUUCAGCGACCCCGCCCGGAUGUACCAUGGGGCUUCAGGAUCGCGGGGGGCCGGGAAUUUGGACAACCCCUUUCGGUGCAGAAGGUAAAUCCCGGAAGUGUGUCCUGUCACAGUUUGAGUAUUGGUGACGUCAUUCUCAAGAUUAACAACCGUGAUGUUACGAAUGUAACCCAUUCAGAGGGACAGACCAUACUUCUGAACGCCGGCAACCUUCUGCAACUAACUAUAAAAAAGUGUAGAACUGUGGCUGCCAGCGCGCCGGUAAGUCCUACACACAUGUCUAAAACAGCAGUGAGUUUUACAGCCCCUACUAGUCCCACCUCCUUCCGAAGUUUCUCACCUGCCUCUGAAGGUUUUUCAAAUUACCGAAAUUUCCUCACGGACGACGAAUCCUUUGACAACGCUAGGUACUUUACCUCUCUUCCCAGGCAUGCAAGUAUUUCAGGUGUCAGUGGUCAUGGAAUGCAAAGCACACCAAGGGACCAUCAGUACGAUCCCCAUCAGUAUGGGCGCAAAAACAGCGCUCCGUACGGUGUAGGGAGCUAUACUAUGCCAAAGCCCACACCAUACCGACCAAGUGGAGGUAACAUACCCACAUCACACAAUAGGAGUGGAAGUGACAGUAGCGGGUAUCAGACAUCGUCAUACGGACCGAGUCCCAACACGUUUGAUUCCCCCCUGUCUUCUGGCACCCAGCCAGGCAACUCAUCAUCGUCUUCAUACAAACCAUCUCCGGCAUCUUUUAGUUACGGGCCAGGGCCGGGGAUAGCACCUCCAUCGUAUGAAAGUAGCAUUGAAGACAGAAGGGGAGUUUCGUCAAGUUCGCCUGCCUACCAACGACAGCAUUCAUCAGGGUCAUCCAACAAGGAAAGUGCUUAUAAUCAAAACGGGAACAUGUACUCCCCUCCAUAUGAAUCAUCAGCAAGGUAUACGCAAAGUGAUGAUACUCCCACUCCUCCAAAUAGGUCAUACGGCAAUUCUACUUCCUAUUCACCUUUUCAAAGACAACCAUCAAGAGAAGCUGCCAGACAUAAUACUUACGAGCAAUCAGCCGGGCAGGAUUACCCCUCUUACAAACAACAACCGGCGGAGGUAGCACAAAGUGCUGGUUACCAUAGGCAACAAUCAUCAGAAUAUCAAAGACAACCAUCUUACAGUUCAACGCCACAGAGCCCGCUCUUGGAUAGAUGUUCCACUGGACCCCCUCGGAGGCAGGUAUCCCAGAGUGCUGGAAUAUCUAUUGAUAAUUCGACUCCGAGAGGUUUCCAGAGACAGGGGUCAUUUGGUAGUGACCGAGAAGCUGUCAGCUCACCAGUGCCAGUUCAGAGACAAACAUCAUCAGGGUCGUUUCCAAAAUCGCCAGUAUUCUCCGCCACAUUGUCAUCUACUUCACCGCCAACAAACAACCAUGUGACAAAUGAACAAACCGGAACUUCCGGUUCGACAUCUUAUGGAGAGCCUACGUCACCAUCUUCAGUGAAAUCAAGUGGCACGGGCAUCAACAGCAUUGAGGAUAUUUUGUCACCUUUUGAGAAAUUCCCAAAUUACUAUAACGAUUUUAUUAACAGCACUAAACCUGUUACAAAGCAUAAUGUAGAUAGAGGAGUGUCGGCAGAUAUUUCGGAUUCAGCGAGGAGUUACAAAUCUCCAACACUAAAUAACUCGUCAGAGCCCUCUAGACAACCUCAUUCGGAUAUGUACGGCGUAAGAUCACCACAACCAUGGGAGGAAACCCCAUAUCAACCAAGACAGUUAUAUGGAGACCAAAUGGGUCCUUCACCUCCUGGAGUUCCACCACCUCCACCCCCUCCUGUGGGCCCGCCUCCACCCCCACCCCCUCCACCACCACCACCAGCUCCACCUUUCCCCUCGGCAGGAUAUGUUCCAACCAAAAGACCAGCUUACAAGUCAAGGGACGAACGCACCCCCGGGGACGGUAGUCCCGUGCCCCCCGGGAUGGGACAAGAGAGGGCUGUUCCCGAUGCAGUGCUUAAUCAGAUGAUGAAAAAGGACGGAAAUGCUAAACCAUUUGCCUACAUAACUGGGGGCAUUGAUCUGAAGGAGUUCAAAAACAAGAGAAACCGUCCUCCACCACCAGUGAUGCCGAAGUCUUACAGAGGACCUAGUCUGAACGAUAUAGAAACAGAUUAUACACAGCCUGAACCUAGAAGACAACAACCACCGCCACAGUCGACUCCCCAGCAGUAUCAGCCUCCAACCCCUCCUUCCCCAGCUCAGUACCAGUUUCAACCCAAACAGCCCCAAUUCCAGCCUUCCCCUUAUCAACAACAACAACCGCAGUACCAACAGCCACAAUAUCAACAACAAAACAACAACGAUUUCUCGCCCAUUAGGAUGCCGCCCUCCCCGCCAGUCAGGGGUAGCUCUGGUAACUCAGAAAAACCCCUGAAGGACAUUGAAAAGUCAGCGGUCUAUCAGAUGAUCCAAGAGAGCGAAAACGAAGGUAAGAUUGAAUCACCCACAACACCUAUAUCACCAGCGUUAUUUCAAUUAAUACAACAAACAGACAACGAACGCAGUUCCCCGGAAGUUCCGGAUUCGCCGGUUUCGCCGUCGUCAAUGUUCGUUCAAAGGCGGGCACAUGGAUUGUCAUUCCAGGUGUUGCAAUGGAUGACGGAGACCGAGGACCAGGAGGAGGCAACCGAGAGUAAGCAACAACCAAGGCGUAAUAGUGCUAUGAAGGACCCGACAUUGCGUCACAAUGCUGAAGACGAUGAAAUGAGAUUCAGCGGCCUGAGAAACAGGAAAAAGGAUAUCCCAUCUAAGGCAUUCAAAUGUUUAAAUAAGAUGACCAGCAACACCGAUGUUCCCGCUCCUCAGAAAGUAGCCAAUGAAGAAGACCAGGAAGAACCCGUUGGAAGGUACGACCAAACAUCGAUACGAUACACGGGAAAGCACAUUCCGUCCCCUUCAUUUCGUGUGCUUCAAAAUUGGGCCGAAAUUGACCCUCUACCCGUCCAAAAAGCGUCUCAACCCACAACCCAGUCUGACGAUGACUUAGACGAUUAUGACGAUGGCCUACCUGAUACCCUGAGCGGGGACGAGCUGGUCGACCGACGUUACAUGGGUGGACAUAUUCCAUCCCGUGCAUUUAAAGCUCUUCAGAUGUCGAUUGAAAAAGACAAAGAACACCCUCCUCCAGCAAUGGAGGAGCCGGAGCCUGAACAGCCACCAGUCCAGGGCACCCCAACAGGCUCCCCGGAAGCUCAUGAUUACCACACAGAGUCGGGCUGUACCGCCCCCACAGGAGGACACACCGAGCACAGACUUCUAGGCCAGCAGAUUGACCGAGAUCAGAGCAUUCGGGAGACAACGCUUACUUUGAUGAAUUUCACCUCCAGUGGUGUUAGAUAUAUUGAAAUUGGAUGUCAGUGAUAGCAAUGAAAAUCAAACAUAUAUAUAUAUAUAUAUAUAUAGAUGUUUACAUAUAUAUUGAUUUAUUUGUAAGCGAAGGGAUGAAAAAACACUAUUAUUGACUGCCAUUUCCUCUAAUGAACAUACUUUUUAAAUUUACAGGAUUAUUUUAUUUUUGUGCUUUUUACGUCACUUUGAAAUCGCCGAAUUAUGAUAACAGCUCGACAUAAAAGCACUUCUUUAAGUUAAGAUGGCUCUAGAAAGACUUGAGGCGUGCAAUACACAGGAAUAUUUGCAUUAUUGCCCAACACAUAUAUAGUUACAUGUUUGUACCAUCAGUAAUUACGGAUAUAUAUAUAUAUUAUAUAGUUACUAGUAUAUUUAUACAUAAUUCGUAGUCACUAAUAUGUAUAUUACGUGAUUACUAAUAUGUAAAGUAUUUUAUUACUGAUAAGGAAAAUGUAUAUUAACAUUACAUUUUAUAUAAUUAUUAGUAUGUAUAAUAACUACAUUUUUUAACGUGUAAAUGAUAUUUAUUAUUCGACGUGUAUUUACAAGAUAUGUUUACCGGCAAGUUCAUAUAAACAAUUUGUUAUCGUAUAUACGUCUUAGAAAAAGAAUAUAUGUAAUAAUUGUUAUAUAUGCUAUAUUGAAGUACAUACAGUGUACGUUAUUACUAGUAUGCACUACAGUGUCAUAGAGAAAAUGCCAAUGUAGUUUUAAUUAUCAGUAUGAUAUUUUAAGAAUGAAUUUAGAGAUAAUAUAUAGAUCUAUUGCAGAUAUAUUGUAUUAAAACUAUAGAAUACCCUAUAACUUUUAGAAUCUUGUCCGAUGAGUUUUUCUUACGCCUGUUUUAUGAAAUGUGUUCAUAAUUUCAUUGAUAAUGUGUAUUUUCCAUGCCUAUAUAUGUGUCGAAAAUGUUUUUUCCCAUGAACUUUGGAUAUAUUACGGUAAUUUGUCACGUGACCUACGUCUGAAUGACGUGUCACGUGCCGUCUAGAUGACCAGUCCCGUCUAUCCAGGCACUAGAAAAUGCGCGUGUUCGUUUUACUUACAAUGAUUUAGAAUGUAUAUAUACCGUUUUUAUUGAUUCACUUUCAUCUUUUCCAUUAUGUUUUUUUUUUAUUUCUGGAUCUGUGCAAUAUUUCAUAUAAUAAUUUAUUGCGUUGUUUUAAGUGUAAUUCAAUCAUAUUAUUACUUAUUAGUAAAUCAAGAUAAUACGAGUGUUCGGUUAGUACCACGUGUAAAUGUAUAUCCGGUUUAUCAGGCGAUAGUGAUGUAAUUUGUCUCUUAUAGAACACGUAAUAUUUGUGUUUAUGACACCAAAUGAUAUUCGUGUUGGUGGAAUAGGCGGUGUGUGAUAAUUUAUUAUAUUAUAUAUAAAACGUGUGGUUUUGACGUUAGCCCUGUUGAACAAGCAUGCUCUCGGUGUGACGGAUUUAGAGGUAUUCUUUGAAUAGGGAAGGAUACACCUAAAACGAAUCUCGUAAGAAAUGUGUGCCUUAAUGUACGAUAUGUCCUUAUUAAUCAAGCGAGGUAGGUUUUCAGAUGCUGUUAAUUUACUAUUAUCUUAGGAAUAAGAAAGUUGAGAUAUGAUGGGAUGUGCUGUUAUUUAAUACUUGUUAGUGUAUUGGUCCGUCACUUUGUCACCAUAAACCGUCCAGAUACUUCCGUUUCCGAGCAGUCUGUUAAUGUGUGAUAAAAGCUCAAAAACAAUUUCUGUUUUAUACAUGUAAUUAGGUUACAACUUUGAUAUCACGUGUUUAAACAUAUAGAGAUAAAUCCAGGAAUCAUUCGACGUAUAAAUCACGGUGUGUAAUACAUUUUAACCUAAAACAUAUGGCUAUUUGUGUGAUCUAAAACCAGUGACUUAACGUUAUGUACAGUUGUUUUUAUACACGAUAUCAUUUACUAUAUUUUUUUUACAUCCCCCCCCCUCCCCCAACAAAGAAGGUUUAAAAAAUCUCAAAUGCAACCGAUAUCCAAUCUAUAACUUUAUCGGUUUCAAUCAAUGAAUAACGUUGAAUGAGAUAAAUGUACAAUCAAUUCAUUGUUAAUUAUAUCCAAACAAUCUCAAUAAUGUCAUAAAGAGUAAGAUCGAUUGGUUCUAACAAUCAAUUACGUCUCUAAGAUAAAAACCCUCUGGUGUAGUCUUAACAAUCGAGAGAACGUCUAAAAGCGAUCAAGAACAUCUGUAGGACAACGUCGUCAGGACAACAGCCUGCCGACGUAGUCCAAACAAUCGAGAAUGUCGAUAGGACAACAGCCUGCCGACGUAGUCCAAACAAUCGAGAAUGUCGAUAGGACAACAGCCUGCCGACGUAGUCCAAACAAUCGAGAAUGUCGAUAGGACAACACCCGGCCGACGUAGUCCAAACAAUCGAGAAUGUCGACAGGACAACAGCCUGCCGACGUAGUCCAAACAAUCGAGAAUGUCUUGUAAGAUACAAACAUACUUUUCAUCGACCGUUACAUUUAAAGCUAUAGCGUUGUAUAUUUUUUAAAGAUAAGAAUACAUUAUAUUUGUUUUUUUACCAGUUUGUCCUAUGCAUGUAUUACUAGUGUAGGAUAACUUCUAGACAUUUCUGUAUCUACCUAGUGUUGACCAGGAUUGUUCUGUAUUGGAGGACACACUGCUGCAAGCUUUCUUUGUAAUAAAAUAUUUUAAAGAGUG